ACUUUGUUUCGUCUCAAUUGAGCAGUUGAGUUGAGAACUUGAGACGUAGAAACGCGGUGGUUUUCAAAUUGUGAUUUUUUUAGUGAUUUUAUCGCAAAAAUGGGAAAUAUUAAUCAGAUUUGGGCCACCAUGGUCUUAUGUUUCCUAUGCUUCAACAUGGGUGUCAUGUACACCUGGCCUUCCUCUACGCUCACGAUCUUCAGCUCAGCCAACACCACCCUUCAUCGCACCAUGACAGAAGGAGAAAUAGCGUUGCUGGGCAGCCUCUCCUCUGUAGGAGCUAUGGUCAGCACGCCGAUAGCUGGUGUUCUACUGGACAGGAUUGGCAGGAAACGCUGCAGUAUUGGGGCCAAUUUGCUUGCUGUGGUCGGUUGGGCCAUGAUAGCCUUCAGCAAGAGAGUGGAAGUGGUCCUAACAUCCAUCUUUGUAUCUGGUUUCUCUGGUGCAGCGUUCAUCAUCAACACCGUCUACAUUGCUGAGAUUUGCCACGAGUCCAUGAGGGGCACCAUGUCUUCAGGCAUCAUGGUGUUUUAUGGGAUCGGUAUGCUGGUGCAGUAUGUCCUGGGAGGGUACUUGAAUUACUGGACAGCUGUGUACACGAAUAUGACCAUGAGUAUUCUGGGAGUGACCUUCAAUUGUCUUCUGAAGGAGUCGCCUUUGUACCUGCUGAGUCGUGGUUUAGAAAAGGAAGCUGCGGCCGCACUAGGAUUCUUUAGACAAUCGAAACCAGAUUCAAAAUUGGUGCAAGAUGAAAUAGAAAAGAUUCGACGAGUCCUCAACCCAGUGAUCGAUGAGGAUGAAAAUUGUGAGGAAACAAAACUGCAGGCGGAUCAAGAAAAAAAAGUGGAGAAGUUAUCUACGAUCCAAUUUCUGAGAAAAUCCCGGUCGACCCACCGAGCGAUAAUCGUCACUCUGACGCUGAUGACAGCGUGCAUUUUCCAAGGGCUGCCCGUGGUGCAGGUGUAUGCUGACCCGCUGUUCACUGAGGCAGUGCCAGUAAUGUCCUCCACCAUCUCCAGCAUUAUACUGGCAGUGAUCACUGUCAUAGCUGGACUGGUGGCCGCUGUACUGACUGACGCUGCUGGAAGGAAGCCCCUAAUGAUAUACGGGUCUCUGGGCUCUGGGAUCUGUGCCUUACUCCUCGGAACCCAGAUCCACUUAAGCUGGGGUCCCAACUGGCUGACGGCCGUCAUCAUAUACAUGUUCUGUGUGGUAUACACCUUCGGAGCUGGGACUGUGCCUUUUGUGCUGGCUGCUGAAGUCUUUGUGCCAGAGGUCAAAAGCUUCAUAGCGAUGCUGGUGGUGGAAUGGGCAUGGCUGUGCAACUUCCUGAUCCUCCUCAUCUUCAAUCCACUGGUCUCAGUCAUCGGUCUAGGACCAGUAUUCUACUUCUUCAGCGCUGUUUGCUUUUUGACAGCUGUCUACAGUGUAUUCUAUCUACCAGAGACAAAAGGAUUGCCAGUUGAUGCUAUACAGCUUCUGUUCGCGCCUAAGAAGAAGAGGCAGUGCGUCUGAAUUUGAACUUUAUCUAUAAGCUGAUAUGUCAUAAUUUUAAAUAGAGAGCAAAGACGCAAACCGACUCGAUCGAAUAUAAAUACAACUCAAGUUAACUGCGCACCUUUUUUUUCGGUGGUAAAAUGCAUUGAGUUGCAUACCCGCCAGUGUGGUCAGACGGCGGGUUAUGUAAGGCUCUCCCCUCCAGAAGGGAGGGGCCUACCCACUAAAAAUCCACAUACUCUGUCUCGCUGAGCAUAAGUGGGAGCCGGUGUAGCGAGGCCUUUCCUGACAUGUUCCACCUAUGCGCAGACCGUCUGCUAUGCGUGCAGACUCCAUUUUCGACCACGCCAUCUUUUAUUUUUACAGUGACAGUUUGGUGCACUGCUACUGACCACUCGGAGAUAUACAACUAUAUACAAAUGAAAUAUAUAAAAUGUAGAAAGUGCUUAUCUAUGUUUACAUAAUAUACAAU